UACUCUGCAUCCCCUACAUGCUCGAGUGAGAAUCGCGACGGCCAAAGUAUGAAGCAUCUUCUUGGUCGUCUUCUCGUUCGUGCAAAGCCAAAUCGCAUUCUCAGUAGCUUCCUUUAUCACUCCUCCCGGAGAGGAGGCAGGACCGUGACCUCGCCGUUGGACCCAUACGACACUCUGCAGCGUCGGGUGGCGAGGGCCGGCGAUCCCUCGGCUUCGAUUGUAAGAGUGUUGGAUGGGUGGCUCGAUCAGGGGAAUCUGGUGAAGACUUCGGAGCUCCACUCCAUCAUCAAGAUGCUCCGCAAAUUCAGCCGUUUCUCCCACGCCCUCCAGAUAUCAGAUUGGAUUAGUGAGCAUAGAGUUGAUGAUAUCUCUGAGGGAGAUGUGGCGAUUCGCCUUGAUUUGAUUGCCAAAGUUUGUGGUAUGGGAGAAGCUGAAAAGUUCUUCGAGAGGAUUCCUGCGGAGAGGAGGAACUACCAUCUCUACGGUGCUCUCUUGAACUGCUACGCCAGCAAGAAAGUGUUGCACAAAGCUGAGCAAUUGUUUGACAAGAUGCGAGAGCUCGGCUUCCUCCGUGGCUGUCUUCCCUACAACGUGAUGCUCAACCUCUACAUCAGGAGUGGCAAAUACUCAAUGGUUGAGAAGCUUCUCCGAGAGAUGGAGGAUCUUGAUGUCAAGCCGGACAUCUUCACGGUGAACACGCGCCUGCAUGCUUAUUCCGUUGUAUCUGAUGUAGAGGCGAUGGAGAAGUUUCUGACGAGCUGCGAGGCUGACACUGCGCUUCAGCUGGACUGGCGCACCUACGCCGAUGCUGCAAACGCCUACAUCAAAGCUGGAUCAACCGACAAGGCGCUAGAGAUGCUGCGUAAAUCAGAGCAUCUGCUGAAUCCUCAGAAAAGAAAGCAGGCCUACGAGGUUCUCAUCUCCUUCUACGGCGCUGCUGGUAUCAAGGAAGAGGUGUACCGUCUCUGGAGCCUGUACAAGGAGCUGGACGGGUUCUACAACACUGGAUACAUCAGCGUGAUCAGCGCGCUCUUUAAGGUGCAAGAUAUCGAAGGUGUCGACAAGAUUAUGGGAGAGUGGGAAGCUGGACACUCCCUAUUCGACGUCAGGAUCCCGCUCCUGCUAGUGACGGGUUAUUGUAAGAAUGGGAUGAUGGAGAAGGCGGAGGAAGUGGCAAAGAUGGUGGUCAAGGAGACGAGCACAUGGGAGCGGUUAGCUCUGGGUUACAAGAUGGCCGGUGAGAUGGAGAAAGCGGUGGAGAGAUGGAAGAAGGCGAUAGAGGUGAGCCAGCCAGGGUGGAGACCGCACCAGGUUGUGCUGAUGAGCUGUGUGGAUUAUCUGGAGGGUCAGAGAGACAUGGAAGGUUUGAGAAAUGUUCUGAGACUGCUCAGCGAGCGAGGUCACGUUUCCUACGAUCAACUACUGUACGAUAUGAACGGAGCUGGACUGGGUUGGAAGAUAGUAGACGCAAUGGGAAGAAGCCGUGUACUAAGAAUGGAGUCUUGA